UACUACUGCGGCAACCUGCACCACGAAGUGGAGCUGGGGGUGGUGAUCGGGAGGAGAGCGCAGGCCGUGGCGCAGGAGGCGGCCAUGGAGCACGUGGCGGGUUACGCGCUCUGCUUGGACAUGACGGCCAGGGACACCCAGGAGGAGUGCAAAAAGAAAGGGCUGCCCUGGACCCUGGCCAAGGGCUUCAGUUCGUCGUGCCCCGUCAGCGACUUCGUGCCCAAGGAGAAGAUCCCGGAUCCUCACAAGCUGAAGAUCUGGCUCAAGGUGAACGGGAAGCUGAGGCAGGAAGGGGAAACCUCCUCCAUGAUCUUCUCCAUCCCCUACCUGAUCAGCUACAUCAGCGAGAUAGUCACCCUGGAAGAAGGGGACUUGGUUCUGACCGGGUCUCCCAAAGGAGUCGGGCCCGUGCAGGCCAACGACGAGAUCGAGGCGGGCAUUACCGACGUCAUCUCCAUGCGGUUUAAGGUGGCGCAGCAGACACGAGGAUCCUAA